UGCAGCUCAUCCUACGCAUGGUGCUCCCUCCACUGUCCUCCUCACUACGCUGUGACAGCAGGGACAGCAGCUGCUGCCAUAGCACCUAGGGCACCCUGUCUAGAUCUCAUCACACCUACAAGAAGCAUCUGCAGGCAGAGGUACACUUACAUGAUUUCUAAAGAGGAGCUGGACUGCAGCACUGACCCAGAGCACAACCUGCACAACACAUCCAGUGGAAGUCGCACAGAAGAAUGGAUUACAGCUACGACGAGGAUCUGGACGAGAUGUGCCCGGUGUGUGGGGACAAGGUGUCCGGCUACCACUAUGGGCUCCUCACGUGUGAGAGCUGUAAGGGUUUCUUCAAGAGGACAGUGCAAAAUAACAAGCGGUAUACCUGCACAGAAAACCAAAGCUGUAAAAUAGACAAAACUCAAAGAAAGAGGUGUCCAUACUGCCGUUUCCAAAAAUGUUUAAAUGUAGGAAUGCGACUGGAAGCUGUUCGUGCUGACCGAAUGCGAGGAGGGCGCAACAAAUUUGGGCCUAUGUAUAAGCGGGAUCGUGCCUUAAAGCAGCAGAAAAAAGCUCUGAUUCGUGCUAACGGUAUCAAACUGGAAACUGUCCCUCAGAUUUUGUCCCCAGCUCAAAGUGACUUCACCAUCCCAGGCAACAUCCAUACCAUUCAUCCUGUAUCUAAAAAUGUGCCAUCAAACCCAACUCCAGUGACACCUGUUGAAUAUGAUAGAGGCCCCUAUGGAGCUCCCCCACUGGGAAUGACUAUGCCCAACCACCCUCCCCUGUCUGGCUACCACUAUUCCACUUUCCAGAGCCGUGCCAUCAAAUCUGAAUACCCAGACCACUACACAAAUAUGCACGAGCCACCUCCUGCAGGACCUUAUGUAUAUACUGAGCCCUACACCAGCACUUCUCCACCAGACAUACCUGAAGUCAUCCUUAAGCUACUACAACUGGAGCCAGAUGAGCCUCAGGUAAAAGCGAGGAUAUUGUCUUGCCUACAGCAGGAACAGAACAAGAGCCGACACGAGAAACUCAGCAUGUUCGGCUUAAUGUGCAAGAUGGCCGAUCAGACUCUCUUCUCCAUAGUGGAGUGGGCUCGGAGCUGCAUCUACUUUAAGGAACUGGAGGUCAGUGACCAGAUGAUUUUACUGCAGAAUUGCUGGAGUGAACUCCUAGUCUUUGACCACAUCUACAGGCAAAUGCAACACAGCAAAGAGAAUAGCAUUCUGCUGGUGACUGGACAAGAGAUUGAAAUGUCAACAAUCACGACCCAAGCGGGAUCAACAUUGAACAACUUGGUCCUCAGAGCUCAAGAGCUGGUCAUUCUUCUACAUUCUUUGCAGGUGGACAGGCAGGAGUUUGUUUGCCUGAAAUUUCUUAUACUCUUCAGCCUCGAUGAAAAGUUCCUGGAAAACCACGAUUUAGCCAAGAGCGCUCAAGAGAGGGUCAACUCUGCCCUCCUGGAAUACACAAUGUGCCACUACCCCCACUGUACGGACAAGUAUCGUCUACUGCUUCUGCGGUUAGCUGAAAUUCGAUCCAUCAGCAUGCAAGCAGAAGAGUAUCUUUACCACAAGCACCUUAGUGGGGAAGUUCCCUGCAACAACUUACUAAUUGAAAUGCUCCAUGCCAAGCGAGCUUGAGAAGCUCCAUCCAGAAACGGCUCUAUAUUGAAGCCUUCAAAGGAUUGUUCCAUCUAAAGAAGCCAGGGACUCUGCAAAGAGUGAAACCAUUUUUAUCAAUGCUGCCUGUCCAGAAAAAAAAA